AUGUCAGUCUACGUUAUCGUCGACGAUGAGGAUGCUGGUAUAUCAUGGUGGCCUCAUGCCAAUCAGACCGCUGGCUCUCCUGGUAUAGAAGCAGACGGAUGGGUUGUCGCUUCACCCGCCACCGUAUCAGGAUCAGGGAUUCCAUCAACGAUGAGUUACUCUUUCAAUGGCUCUUCGAUCUCCCUGUACGGAACUAUUGGGGGCGGGGAUGGCUUCAGCAGUACAAACGUUUCCUUCAGCGUCGACUUCAACAUGAUAUCAACUAGUGUUAUCACAUCCUCUUCCGACACUAGGCGGCAUAUACCCUUCUUUGUCUCUCCAUCAAUGCCUGAUUCGUCGCACACCCUGACAGUGGACGUUCUUACCUCGGCUUCCACUCUUACCGACUCCAAUUUCUUCGUCGAUUACCUGAUUUACGAGGCUUCUGAGAACUCCACGGUAUCCACUACCGAAGACACGAGCUGGAUCUUCAUUGACGACCACAGCCCGUAUCUUGGUUAUUCAGAUGGGUGGACUGGAAAUGUGUUGGGCUUUCCGCAGCAGGGGAAUUUCAAUCUUACGGAUGCGACCUUCAACUCGAGCGUGAUGGGACCAACAAGCUCGUCAUCCAAUGUUUCUCUAAAAUUCACGGGUAUUAUUCCAUUACUCUGCAAUGGAGCCUCCACAAUUAGAGCCUACGGCAUGAUCCUAAACUCUGUCAGUACACUUGGUACAUACGCGAUCGACGGUGUCACCGCCAACAUGAGCGUUCCCACCACGUUCCCUGCCUAUAACUACGAACUGUUCACCGCCAACCCCACCACCGGAGAGUCUCACACGUUAGAGAUCACUGCAGCAGACGCAAACACGUUCUACCUCGACUAUGUUCUGAUGAAAUCCGAUUCCGCAUUCAUUUCGUCACCUUCCUUGACUGGGAACGGCGGAAACGGUGGGGGAAAUAACCAUGAGAAGACAGACAACUCACGCCAUUUGGGUGUCGGAGCAAUUGUAGGGAUUUCGAUUGGUGGCUUGGUAUUUCUCUCUUUCUUGUUAGCUUCUUUCUUCGUAUUGCGAAGAAGGAGAAGGUCAGAGACGGAGAAUACGAGUGACGACUAUACCACGACCGCCGCUCCUGGCUUCGGUAACCAAUCAUUACCGACAUUCGUUCCCAGUGAAUCUCGAGCGUCGUCGAGCUAUGAUCCAGGUUACGUCCCCUUGCGUUCUCAAUCCGAAAAGCUUGCCGCGUACACACACGUUACUUCGUCUUCGAACAAUCCUGAUGGCGCAAAUCUGGCAAUAGGGGGGACUUCGGCACAGGCUUUCGAUGGAGGCAGUGUUAGGUCAGCCCCGCAGCAAUUGGUUGUAGAGAGCGACAGUGGAUUGAGAGGACUGGUGCAUGACAGGGCCGUUGAGCAUUUGCCGCCCCAGUAUUCUUCGGAAUGA